AGUGAAAUGAAAGUUGAAGUUUGACUUGAGCAAACCACGUUCAGAUAAGGGAGGUCAGUAUUUCUCGCCCUUCACUUUUCUAUGUCGAUCAUCAAAACCUAGCUCUCUCUCUCUCUCUCUCUCUCAUCGGACUUCUGAAUUUGUUCUUCAUUUCAUUAUCGAUCCAAGCCUUUUUGUAUUUGUUCUGUGAUUCAAGUACUCGUGCAUUCCUGGCUUAGCCACCUAUAAUAUUCUCGGAGAAAAAGGUCUCUCUCUCUCUCUCUCUCUCUCUCUCUCUUUCUCUCCGAGUUUUUUGAUUCUUUUACGACUCAGUUGUUUCUUAUUUGUUUUUGUAUUAUUUGCUUUUCGAUUCUGGUUCGAAUUGUAACGAAGUGAUCUGGAGCCGCUUUCUCUUGAUGAUUUGGCGUAACUAAUUGUUGCCAAUCAGUUUGCUCAAGCCCUGAUUUCAGGUGAAUGUUCUCUGAUCAUUACCUAGCUGCCAAAAUUUGGCGUCUAAGAGUGGAGGGAUGAUGGACCCAGAAUAGAAGAAUGAUGAAGGGAAGAAUUGCUGGUCCUUGCAUCAACUCUUAACUGUUGUUAAGACGUGAAAUGGCUUCAUUGUUGGUUAAGUCAAAUAAAAACAUGAGGAGGACAGAAUCAAAAAAGUCACAUUCCUGGUGGUGGGAUAGCCACAUCAGUCCCAAAAACUCCAAGUGGCUUGCAGAAAAUCUUGAGGAGAUGGACCAGAGUGUCAAACGGAUGUUGAAACUUAUUGAAGAGGAUGCCGAUUCAUUUGCUAAAAAGGCUGAAAUGUAUUAUCAAAAGAGGCCUGAAUUGAUCUCUCAUGUUGAAGAAUUAUACCGCAUGUACUGCUCACUUGCUGAGCGUUAUGAUCAUGUCACUGGAGAACUACGGAAGAAUAUUCCCUCAGAUCUCCAAUCCCAGGGCUCAGGCAUCUCUGAUGUUGGUUCUGAGCCAGCCUCCAUAUUGCCUUCUCCUGAUCAAAGGCUUAGUCGCCGUAAAUCUGGCCCUCGAGCUGCUGGUUUUGAUUUUUUCCUUGGUUCCGGCGGAAGUAACUCAGAUUUAUGCAACAAGGAAGGAGAUGACUCCUCUACUUUGGAUUCUGAGACAGAAUCAGAUGAUUCCUCCAUAAACUCCGUAAACAAUUACUCUGUCACAUCAGGCAACAGCGAGGGGCAAGGGUUGCGGAGGAAAAUUGUUGAAUUGGAGGUUGAGCUCCGUGACAUGAAAGAGAAGCUCCGUAUUCAACAGGAGCAGAAUACAGCUGAUUCUUCAAGACGAAGUAGAAAUGGAAAUUCUGAAGGUCUACUUGCUAGAAUUGCCGGAUAUGAGGAAGAGAUGAGGGAUGCAAGAGAUAAAAUCCGUCUUUACGAAGAAGAGACUGCCAGAUUGAAGAUGGAGCUCCAGAGUUAUAGGUCCGGCGAUGCCAUAAACAAUUUGCAAGGCGGUGCUGGAGUAACAGGGAAGGAUGUCUCUUUUGGAGCCAAUUUGGAACUGGAGAGUAAGCAGGCAAGAGAACUUGGGGAAACAAAGGAUGGCUUGAAAAUAGAAGUUUCUGACCCUGAAUUACGAAUUCAGAGACUAGGGGAAGAGCUGAAGAUCACAAAAGAAAAGCUUCAGGGUUCAGAGAGAGAGAGUGCAAAUCUGAGACAUGAACUUGAGAAUAGCAGGUCCUCUGUUCGACGUUUGCAGGAUCAACUUGGGUUGGCUCAGAAAGAUAAUGCUACAUUGAAAGCCAAGGUUGAGAGAGAGCAUAGAGAAGUCUCCAAGCUGCAGGAUAGAAUUUCAAGGUACAAAAACAAUUUGUCAGAACGUGAUCAAGAGAUCAGAAUAUUGAGAGAAACCAUUUCCAAUGCCAACCAGAGCUUGUCUGAAGAAAACACACGGCUUCAGGCUGGAAUUUCUAAAUUGUUGAAGGAACGAACUUAUCUGGAGGAUAAUAUCAAAGAAUGGGAACUGCGUUGCCAAUUUCUAGAGGAGGAGGUCAGGCGAGUCAAGGCUGGAAAAGUAGAGAUGGAAGAAUUUCUUCAGGCUGAAAUACAGCAGUUAAGGGUUUCAUUUAAAUUGGAGCUUGAUACCCUGAUAGCCGCGAGAGCAGAGCUAAAUACAAGAAUUACCACACUCAAUACUGAAAUAAGCUCGAGGGACGGUCAGAUUGAACAUAUGGACAAGCAUUUGAAGCAACUACAUAUGGAGCAUGUCGAGUUGAUUGCUGGAGCCGAAAAUGCACAGACACUUUCGGCAGACCUGAGAUCAAAAGUUAAAGAACUGGAGGAGGAGGUUGAGAGGCAAAGAGAUGUGAUACGGGAAGGGGCGGAAGAGAAACGGGAAGCAAUAAGGCAACUGUGUUUCUCUCUGGAGCACUACAGAGAUGGGUAUCACCAGCUCCGGCAGGCGUUUGUUGGGCACAAGCGGCAUCCAGUGUUGGCUACCUAAUUUAAUAGGUGAUGUUGGAGUACAUACCUCUACCUUGUUCGUUUUUUAACUUUUCUUAAUUAAUGUUCAUCUCUUGGAAGUUCCUGAUUUUUUGUUUUGGGUCAUCUCACUGUGGCUUGGGCUCUGCUGUGGGGAGGAGUUGCGGUUCGGAAUUGUUUCUGAAAGCGCAGAAACUUAUAUCUUAGCUGCCAGCCAUGUCCACCGCCAUUUAGGGCAGGAGCAGGGCAGUUUGUGCAUGUAAUUUGAUGUUUAGUUUUGCCUUUAAAGAAGUUCAUCAGCUGAGUUAGCUUCCAUAUGACAUAAAAUGCCGUGCGUGCAUUAUGAAUCAACUGUCAUCAGGGCAGUGAGCACCACUAGUAGUUAGUAUAGACAUGCGAUUAUUAUUCGCGUUUGUAAUUUAAUAUUUAUCCUACUGUUGCCUCUUUCCCUAAAAUUCUUGUCAAUUUCGCUCCGCUUGUAAUAAUUUUUAAAAAUGCAAAUUGUGUUGAAGAGAUGGAAACUAAA